UUGGAGCCGUAUUGGUGAGGGGGGAGGGUUGUACUGCAUCGUGGAAAGCAAGCAAAAUAUCCUCCCUUUCUUCAGAAAGCCCCUCAAAGCCCCUCCCCCAAAUUGCUUUUCUUCCGUCAGCAAGUACACGAAGGUACGCUGCCUCUGCAACUGGAGGCUCACUCAGCCUUCUCAUUCAUUUCAUGACCUCUCUCACCAUGCAGGUUCGCACCCCGUUUGAGCUGGUCGCAUCAGCCCUGUGCUUUGCAAGUAGAAGGGCACAGGCUCAGCCCCUGCCAUCUGCCGCCAAAGGAUCUCAGUCAAUGCUUUCCUAUGCCUGAAAGCUGCAGGCAGGCAGCAGGCGGGAGCAAUGGAGCUGAGCGCUAGGCUGCAGCGGAGGCACCUCUGUGUUAACAGGCUUUCUUGCACUUGGGACCUAGGUUGGAAAUUUUCAGCCAGCGCCUAUAGCCCAGAUGGCGCUGCCCACCCUCUCUUCACUCUGGAUCAGCCGCAACAGAGCUCUGGAGAAGCAGAUUGUACGCCACCGUGAGCAAGAGGCCCACUUCCGGCAGCAGUGGGAGCUCCACCACCGCUAUUUUAAAGAGUCAGGGGUGCACAGCUUGAAGCAGGCGCAGUGGAGUUCACGCCAAUCCUAUCAACAGAGCAUGACUGCUUACCACCGUGAGAAACUGAAGGAAGAAAAGCAGAUCAGGCUGGAGCAGAGGCGCGCACGCCUGCAGAAACUGCUGUGUGAGGAGCGUGAGAUGUUGGCAGCAGAGCUGCAGAAGCUGCACCUGGACAAGGAUGCGCGCCUGAGCGAGAUGAGGCAGAAGAACGAAGCACUGAAGUCUGCCAGGGAAGAGCAGAGGAAACAGAUUGCAGAAGAUCUUUUACAUGAAUGCUGGAAGAAGAACAGUGCUAAGCUCAGAGAGGUUGAGUCUGAACUGCACAAGAAGCACGUGGUGGAGGCAUGGGGGGAUCAGCUGACGCAGAAGCAACAGCAAGAAGCCACUGAGCGGAAAGAGAAGAUCCAGUUGGAAAAUAAAUACGAGACAGCUCGGAGGGAAACCCUGCAAAGGAUGAAGCGAGAAGCAGAAAGGAGGAAGCAGGAAGAGAAGGAGCAGGCCAAGUUCCUUCAGCAACAGAUGGAAGAGCUGAAGCAGCGGGAAGCAGAGGCAACAAAGCUGAAGGAGGAGGAAGAGAGCCUGAUGAAGCAGUACUGGGAGCUGGAGGCCCUGGAAGAGGAGAGGAAGCAGACGGAGCAGAACAGGAAGAAGACUGAACUCGGGCGCUUCCUGAAACAUCAGUAUCGAGCUCAGAUGAAGAGACGUGCUCAGCAGAUCCAGGAAGAGCUAGAGAAGGACAGGCGGAUUCUCCUGGCACUGGCAGCAGAGGAGGACAAGGAUCAGUGCCUGCAGGCUGCCCGGCGGGAACAGGCCGUCGCCGCUGUCGCCUGGAUGAAGAAGGUGAUUGAGGAGCAAUUGCAGCUGGAAAGGGAACGUGAGGCUGAGCUGGAGACCAUCUUCAGGCAGGAAGCCAAGCAAGUGUGGGAAACGCGAGAAGAACAGUGGGAGAGAGAGCGGAUAGCCCGAGACAGGCUCAUGGCUGAGGUCCUGGCAGAGAGACAGCAGCAGAUCCAGGAGAAGAUGAAGCUGAACAGGCGGGCUCAGGAAGAAUCCGUCAAGUACCGGGAGCAGCUGAUCCAGGAGCUCAAAGAGGCAAAGCAGCUGACGCAGCGGGAGAAGGAAGAGGAGGCCGAGCUGAAAACCGCCCGCAAGCGGGAGCUGGAGGCCCAGCUCACAGAGCGCCAGCGGCAGGAACAGGAAGAGCUGCGGAGCCAGCGGGAGGAAGAGGCAGCGGCCCAGCGGGAGGAGCAGCGGCAGGAAGAACGGGAGAGGCUGGAGGCCCAGCGCAUGGCAGAGGAGGGCUAUCGCAAGAAGACCUACAGUUACCCCAAGGCAGCCUGGACCUAAGGAGGACCCGUAUUCCUGUUGGGAAGCAACAGGAGUCUGCAUCUGGCAAGAUGUUUUCUAGGUGUGCCCCUAUUGGAGAGUUUCAGUUUACAUGUUUUUAACAAAGUCUGUACUAAAAGGUA